AUGAAAGAUACUGAAAUUGAAGAUGAAGAAAAACUGUUAUCCUCCGAGCAAGUUGCAUCUUAUAGGAUCGUUCUACCCAAGAAAGUAUUCAGAAAUAGGUUUACUUGGUCCUGCUAUGAGAUUUACAGGUCCCUAACUUUUCGUAUCUGGUUACUAUUAUGGUUAUCGCUUAUAGCCUGGUGGGAAAUAUCCGCUGUUUGGAUAUAUCCGUUUAUAGCCUUUGUUCUUCUGUUUCUAGGGGUCAUAAGUUUGCCCGCCAUUCAAAUAUCAUGUGGUAAAUGUGCCAUAUCAAAACAACUUAUUCAAUUUUCCAAAGAAAUCAUCGAAAACACUCCAGGUACACAUGCCGAUGAUUGGGACGCUAUUGCAGUAAAUCUCAACUCAUAUAUGUAUGAAAACAAACUCUGGAAAACAGAAUACUUAUUUUUUGAUGGUUCGCACUGUCAAGAAGCAUUCAGAACAACCAUUUUAGAGCCAUUUUCUUUAAAGAAAGAUGAUGAUGCUAAGCUUAAGUCCUUCGGAGAUUCAGUCCCAUACAUUGAAAAAGCUUUGGAAUUUUAUUUUGCGGAGGUCAACAAAGAGUGGGAACCGUCAUUGAGUACUACAAAUUCGACAGACGCUCAACUUCCCAGGGAAAUUUACCGUUUCAAGCUUACUUGGGUUUUCAAGAGGAUUUUUCGGCUUCGGUCUUUACUGCUGGCCCUUUUUCAUUCGGUCUUUAUCUUCGCUAAAUGGAAUUGGGGCCUUCUGUUUCGCGUCUUGUACCUCGGAGGCAUUUUCUUCAUAAUGGUGAUGCAAGAUUUCCAAAAUAUGGUAGGUGCAUGGAUGAAAAUGGAACAUAAAAAGCAAUUCUUGUCAACUAUCAUAAAUGAGCAAGAUAUUGGCGCCAAAGGAUGGGAUAAGAUCGCAAAGAUAAUGAAUAGAUACUUGUUCGAGCAGAAAGCUUGGAGGAAUGAGGAAUACUUCUUCGAUGGAAUUGACUGUCAACGGUUCUUUGAGGGCAACUUUGUCAGUCUUUUAUCUUGCAAAAAAACAUCCUCGAACGUAUCAUUGGAUGUUGAACUAUGGCCAUACAUUCGGCAAGCGCAAUCUUCCUGUUCUGAUGAGCAUUUGGUGUAG